GGUCACAACGUGGAUGUCGUUAGCCCAUUUCGCGAUGCACAGCCCCCGAAGGGCUAUACGGACUAUACUCUUCCGAGCGUCAAUUUGAGCAAUCAACUUGGUUUCGAUAUUUUUGAAGAGAUUCCUAUGCCAUCUCUGUUGCCCUUCGGCGAGUUCUUCAUUCUGUACGCCUAUGGCAGGGAUGCGUGCAAUGCGACGCUUCAUAGCGAGGCGCUUGCCCAGGUACUCCAACAUCCUGCUGGCUAUUAUGACGUCAUCAUCAUGGAACAAUUCAAUACGGAUUGCAUGAUGGGCGUGGCUUAUCAGCUGCAGUCACCCGUCAUCGCCAUGAGCAGCUGCGCCCUGAUGCCGUGGCAUUACGAACGCAUGGGCACUCCGAUAAUACCAUCCUACAUCUCGGCUCUGUUUCUGGGCCAGUCUGAGAACAUGUCCUUCUCAGCUCGCCUUGGCAACUGGCUGACCACGCACACGCUCAAUUGGCUCUACAGCUUGUUCAAUGUGCCCGCUGCUGAUGCGUUGCUGCGUCAGAGAUUUGGACCCGGUAUCCCGAGCACGGGCGAGCUGGUGAAGAACACCUCACUGAUGCUCAUCAAUCAGCAUUACGCCUUCAGCGGCGCCAAGCCUCUGCCACCGAAUGUGAUCGAAGUGGGCGGACUGCAUCUAAGAGCAGCGAAGCCCCUGGACGAUGCACUGCAGCAGCUGCUGGACAACGCCGAGCAUGGCGUCAUACUCAUCAGCUGGGGCUCCCAGCUGAGAGCCAACUCGCUAUCUAGCGCCAAGCGUGAGGCCCUCCUGCGCGCCCUGGCCCGUCUGCCGCAGCAGAUUAUCUGGAAGUGGGAGAACGACACGCUGCCCAAUAAACCAGCCAACGUGCACAUCAUGAAGUGGCUGCCACAGCGCGAUAUCCUGGCGCAUCCCAAUUUGCGCGUAUUCUUCAGCCACGGUGGCCUGAUGGGCCUCACAGAGGCCGUCGCCAGCGGCGUGCCUGUGGUGGGCAUGCCAGUCUAUGGUGAUCAGUACUUGAAUGUGGCGGCUCUGGUGCAACGCGGCAUGGCUGUGCGUGUGGACCUCAGCCAGUUCAGCGAACAGAGCGUAUUUGACGCACUCACCCAGGCACUGGAUCCCAGCUACAAGCAGCAGGCCAGAAAGGUUGCCGCCGCCUACAACGAACGUCCGCAACUGGCGAUGGACAACGCUCUCUGGUGGGUACACCACGUGGCUGAGACACGCGGCGCUCCACUGCUUCGGUCCAGUGCUGCUAAGCUCAAUCGCUUUGUCUACUAUUCGCUGGAUGUCUAUAUAACAGUUGGGGCGGCUCUGUUCUUGCUCCUGGUCAUCGCUCUUAAGUUCUGGCGUAUAUGCUGCACACGGAAGCGGCAACAGUCUAAAGCCAAGCGCAGUUAGUUAAGAG